UGACUGAGCCCCGAAACUUACAACUAAAUGGCGUAGCCCUGCCGGACAAAACAUUGAUUGGGAAUGAAGCCCUGCCCGGGCCGCGACUGCGGCAGUUGUUACUGCGGUCACGGUAGGGCGCGAGCGGGCCAGCCUCGGAAUAUCUUUGGAAUGGGGAAAUCAGGAACGUAUCGACCCUCCGACAAAAAAUCACAGCAGGUCGGCGGAGGGCGCGUUUUCUCAAGACAUGGCUCUAAGAGUUCCAAGUUCAUGACUGCGGCCAGUGCUGUAUUUAGCCUGAGGGUGCACGCGAAGGUCUGCCAAUGGACGUCGGGCGAUGCUCUGGCAGCUCGUGAGGGCCAAUGUCGACGUCUACCCCGGGCCAAUAGUAAUACUUCAAGUAAUGAACUUGAAGAAAAACCGCACUGGCAUGAGAAACUCCAAUUCAAGUUAGCCUCAGGCUAAUCAUGCCAGUAAUCAUCAUGAUCAUGAGAACCCCCUAUGAUUUGGACUUUUGACAAGAGCUGUAUCGCACUGGCAGCAUAUUUUGGCAAUGCGCUAUCUGUCCUGGGUGGUCGUCAGCCGUUUGCUGGGGUAACUUCGGAGCACGAGAGGCCACGCAGAGUUGGUAAUCGUCGAUCACCUUAACCGCCCCUGCAAAAGAAUGGGCUUCAUUUAGAGACCCCGAACUCACCGUGUGAGCGCAACCCAUUAUUCGUAAUGGAUGUUACCAUAGAAUAAAUGUUACUAGUCAAAACA